GAAAACCUGGAGGAGUGAGCCUUCCUUCCCUGCCACUCAAGAAAGGGAGUGUGCGACCCGGGUCACUUUACAAAGGAGUACUUGCAGAGUCACGACCAAAGAUGGAUGCAAGAUUGAGAAGCAAGUAGGAAGUUCGACCUGGAACUAAUUCCUGGAUUGGAACAUGGCAGAGAAAGUUGCUGAUCACUACCCAGGGGACAAGGCAAGAUGCAAUGGGUGCUGUUUAUUUACACAAAGGAGAAAUUUUCAUGGAUUUUAUACGAGCCAGGAACAAGCUCUGAGGCCAGGGUAGUUGAGGGUUCUGUCUAGGAAGGAGACAUGCAGAUGGCACCCAGCCACAGGAUAUACCCACCUCCUCUCCCAGCAACUUCCACUCACCUUAUUCAGGCUUGAACCAGAAGGAAGCCAGGGAUGGUGGCCAGUGUUUGAAUCUUGCAGACUGUUGGCACUAGGUUCUGAGGACAAUUGUGAGUCACUAUAGUAACUAUGACUUCACUUGGUGCUGAACCAAUCAGGCCCCGGAACUCAAGGAAAGAGAGGGAGUGCCAAGCUGUUACUGUUCACCCUCUGGUCCAGAUCUUUCUUCAGAAGAAACCUGAGUGGUCUCACAGACUUCCUCCGUUGUGCUGUUUUACUGAGGUUGGGUGGAGUCAACACGUCAUGGAUAAAGAACUCCCUAAAGGCAGUCCCAGGGAGCCCACACUGAACAUCAAGAAGUCAGACAAAUCCUUCAAACGCAAGAAGCCCACCAAAAAUGUGCUGAUAUUUUUAAUCAACAGACAACUGGGCCGGCACAGAAGUGACAUCGACCUGUCAAGAUGGGUGUGGAUGAUGUCAUAA